CCUGGCUCUGUGGGCCGCCCUGUUGACCCCUGGUGUCCUCUCCCCGUCCAGCCGGAGGACAUCGGUCAGUCCCCUGUGGCCCCCACGGCCGACGGGGACAAGGUGGACCUGGAGGCUUUCAGUGAGUUCACCAAGAUCAUCACCCCAGCCAUCACCCGCGUGGUCGACUUUGCCAAAAAACUGCCCAUGUUCUCUGAGCUGCCUUGUGAAGACCAGAUCAUCCUUCUGAAGGGUUGCUGCAUGGAGAUCAUGUCGCUCCGUGCUGCCGUGCGCUACGACCCCGAGAGCGAGACGCUGACCUUGAGCGGCGAGAUGGCGGUGAAGCGCGAGCAGCUGAAGAACGGCGGCCUGGGCGUGGUGUCGGACGCUAUCUUUGACCUGGGCAAGAGCCUGGCGCAGUUCAUCCUGGACGACUCGGAGGUGGCGUUGCUGCAGGCCGUGCUGCUCAUGAGCUCAGACCGCUCCGGGCUCACUUGCGUGGACAAGAUCGAGAAGUGUCAGGAGACCUACCUGCUGGCACUCGAACACUACAUCAACUACCGCAAGCACAACAUUCCCCACUUCUGGCCCAAGCUGCUGAUGAAGGUGACCGACCUGAGGAUGAUCGGGGCGUGCCACGCCAGCCGUUUCCUCCACAUGAAGGUGGAGUGCCCCAACGAGCUCUUCCCCCCGCUCUUCCUGGAGGUGUUCGAGGACCAGGAAGUGUGAGCGCCCCACUAGGAGGACGGAACCAAAACAAAGUCAUGAAAAGGAAGGGGGGAGGGGCGUCUUUGUGGGACUCAUGUUUCUCCAACCGACUUCUCUGGGGUUAAAAACUAUAUGGCCACAACACACCAGCAGCAGGAGCCCAACCAAUCGGGAUUGAGUUUUUAAACCCCUCCUCCUCCUCCCCCCCUUGAGCACCUGCUUUUCGAACCCGUUUGGAGGCCCUUCUGUCUGAGCACGAUGUCUUAUCCAGUCUGUUGCAGACAUUUGCCAAGACACACACACACACACACACUCAAUGACUCACUAAUGUAAUUCCUCAACUCAUACACACACAGGGGGAGAGGUACCCCUCUCUCUGUGUUGCACUGCCACUACAUGGUGGUCCUCACGUUGUUCGACCUGUUUGGAAUAGCAGCAGCCAGAUCAUCAAUUGGUUACCCUGUUGCACGGCCUCGUCUCUGAAUUAAUGUCAAACAAUCAUUCAGAAGAAACAGUCACCAAGUACAAACUCAAACAGUGGUCUGUCUUACAGGUUGAUGUGCUAAAAGCAUGUCACCAUUUAAUGACCAGACUGGAGAUAAGCUGCCAGACCUAGUAUCAACUCCUAACUCACAACUGAGCCAUUUCUCUCUCUGAUUGGAGCAGUGAGCAUGUUCGCAUCACUGUCCGGUGCUAUAUUUAAAAAAAGGCUACUCCAAUGUAUGAAUACGUGUCUACGUUGUAAAACUGCAGGCUAUGGCUCUGUAUCUACCUUCAGUUCAGUCAUUGGACCGGCUCCUGUGACACACACACACACACAUACCACACACACACGCAGUAGACCUGCCUUGUCAUUGCCCCUGCUUCUUGUGCCAGCAGGAGCCCCUCUCUUGAAUGACAAUUGAGCCCUUUCUCUCCAAGGAAAGUCACUGCGGUGAAGUAAAAGGGAGGGAUGCUAACAGGAUUUCACUCAGGGGAAGGCUGAAGAGAGAGAGAGAAGGGUGGGGGGGGGGAGUGAGAGAGAAAGAGGAAGGCAGAUUUAAUAGCUGCUAGAUUGAGUGCCUGGAGAUGGAAUAGGACCCUAGUCAGCUCCCACGCCCAGUUCUGUUUCAGGGCUUGAAUUGCAAGGUGCAAGGCAGGGAAGCUGACAUUACCAUAGCAUGCACACACACACACAUAUACACACACAGAUACACACACACACUUAUACAAACAGCCUCACCUCAGAAAACAAAAAUGCCUCAUUUUACUGUAUGCACUGCGGUGCUUAAGCCCUAACCUGCAGGGCUCCUCUGAGUCGUCUCCUACUGGACUCAGCUCAGUGUGGCCCCUCCGGGCUUCCGUACACAGGCCAUCGCUGAGAGCGGGCAAGGCCAAUAAAGCAGAUCAUUUACCUCAAAGUGGGCACAGCUCAGGCUGGGGGCACCGCCACUGUCCCUGUCCGACAGGGUCUACCUCACCUCUCUAGACACAGGGCAGCUGCCCACAGCCUCCACACACACACACACACACACACACCCUCAGUGCUAUCACUCAGUCGAAACAAAAUACCACUGAUGACAGGAGGGCCGGCUGUUCCCCAAUAUGACCUCACCUUUUUUGGGCGGGAAGAGGGGGGUGAGGCAGGGGAAUGGUACCCAAACGCUCUGGGUUUCUUUUUUUUCUUUCUUUUUGUUAUGUGGGACCAAGUGUCACUUUUAGAAUUUGGAAUCCCAUUCUGUUCUAUCGCUGUCAAAACAGAAGGACAAGAACACAAGCAGAUGACUAAGGAAGUGUACCUCAAGCCAGCCUGAACCGGGGGGGGUACUGAGAGACAAGACCCAAAAUGAUGGCCCCUAGGCCAGACCUAAACCGAUUGGGUUUAGCACUGUCUUCUAGGAAGAAAAACGUUUUUUGAGAAGAAACAACUAUUUUGAUGUUAUGCCAAGCAGUAGUAUGUGAAAGUGGCCCGAGUGGAUGAGUUCUUAUCAUGUGGAGGACGGUAUGGGCGUGGCGGGACUGAAAAGGAUCAUGGGUACCUGAGGUAGACGGCUAAGCCUUGCUGCCUCAACCUGAACCACAACCGCCGUGGAGGGGGGGGGGGGGGGGAGGGCAAAC